GGCGGGCGGCGGUGGCGGCGGCGGCGCGGAGGGCGCCUCCGCCCAUGAGGCUGCCGGGCGGUGCCGGGGCGCUCGCCGCGGACAGGCAUGUCAUCCUUUUAAGCAAGAGAUAAACGUACUCAAUAGCCGGGGCAGAUCCAACAAAGGAUUAAUGGACGUGUGCAGCAAAAUGGGUUGAGUGCGUGCAGAAUUACAUUAUUACACUAUCUGAAUUCUUGCAAAGCAUCAAUUACCUGACAAAGUGAGAGGCAGGUCCUCUGCUAAGACCUUCUCUGAAAAGAAUAAAAGAAUAUAAGCUAUGGAAGAUCAUGUUGAACACCAUGAUUUCAGAAUUCUGUUUUCAUCAUGUUGUCUCACCACUGCUGGCUGAGCUGAAACUUCCUACUUCUUGGGGAGAGCAUGUAUAAAAGGAAUGACCUCAUGGCCAAUGUGAUGAUCACCUCCGCCACGCCAGAGGGUAGUAGCAGCUCAGAUUCUCUGGAAGGACGGAGUUCGGAUUAUGCCAAUAAAAGCUACGAUGCAGUUGUAUUUGAUGUAUUGAAAGUAACUCCUGAGGAGUUUGCUAGCCAGAUUACACUAAUGGAUAUGCCAGUAUUUAAAGCUAUACAGCCUGAGGAACUAGCUAGCUGUGGAUGGAACAAGAAAGAAAAACAUAUCCUUGCUCCAAAUAUUGUUGCCUUUACUAGAAGAUUUAACCAGGUCAGUUUUUGGGUUGUACGAGAAAUUUUAACAGCACAGACCUUAAAAAUACGGGCAGAAAUACUGAGCCAUUUUGUGAAAAUAGCUAAAAAGCUUCUAGAACUGAAUAACCUUCAUUCUCUUAUGUCAGUGGUGUCAGCGCUGCAAAGUGCACCUAUUUUCAGACUGACAAAAACUUGGGCCCUUCUGAGUCGCAAAGAUAAGGCCAACUUUGAGAAGUUAGACUACUUGCUGUCUAAGGAAGAUAAUUAUAAAAGGACACGAGAGUAUAUCAGAAGUUUAAAAAUGGUUCCUACCAUUCCAUAUUUAGGGAUUUAUCUCUUAGAUUUAAUCUACAUUGAUUCUGCAUAUCCUGCUUCAGGCAGCAUCAUGGAGAAUGAACAAAGAUCCAAUCAAAUGAACAAUAUUCUCCGAAUAAUAGCUGAUCUGCAAGUCUCCUGUAACUAUGAUCAUCUUAUAACACUACCCCACGUACAGAAGUAUUUAAAGUCUGUACGUUAUAUUGAAGAACUUCAGAAGUUUGUGGAAGAUGAUAAUUAUAAAUUAUCAUUAAGAAUUGAACCAGGUAGCAGCUCUCCUCGACUGGUUUCCUCCAAAGAAGAUCUUGCAGGUCCAUCUGAAAUGUCCGUAGUUAUGAAAUUCAGCAGGAGACCAACAUGUCCUGAUGCCUCAGUGGCAGCAGGUCUGCCAACACCUCCUGUACCAAGGCACAGGAAGAGUCACAGCCUGGGAAACAACAUGAUGUGUCAGCUCAGCGUAGUGGAGAGCAAAAGUGCCACCUUCCCAACAGAGAAGCCGCGCCAUCUGCUGGAUGACAGUGUGCUGGAAUCGCACAGCCCCGCACGCAACCACGUGCUAAGCUCUGUUUUCUCUAAUGGCAUUUCCAUAGAUAGCAGUGAAAGCUCAGAAUUCAGUGAGGAACUGUCUUCAGGGCUUGAAAGGGGACGUUUGUAUGCCACGCUGGGGCCCAACUGGAGGGUACCAAUCCGGAAUUCUCCCAGGAGUCAAAGCUGUGUCUACAGCCCAACAGGGGCCUGUAGCUGCAUGUUAGGCAGUUCUGCAGGAGUCAUUACUAUGGAAGGGCCCUUAAGAAGGAAAACGUUGCUCAAAGAAGGCAAGAAACCUACUCUGUCUUCAUGGACUAGAUACUGGGUUACACUUUCAGGAUCAACUCUUCUGUACUUUGGAGCAAAAUCUUUAAGAGGCGCUGAAAGAAAACAUUAUAAAUCUACACCUGGUAAAAAAGUCUCCAUUGUGGGCUGGAUGGUAGCACUGCCUGAUGACCCUGAACAUCCUGAUAUUUUCCAUCUAAAUAACCCUGACAAAGGCAAUGUUUACAAGUUCCAAACUGGUUCAAGGUUUCAUGCAAUAUUAUGGCAUAAGCAUUUGGAUGAUGCAUGCAAAAGCAACAGGCCUCAGGUACCUGCAAAUCUAAUGUCAUUCGAAUAAUUUCCUCUCUUACGUGGUGUGACUUCACGUGCCAAACUGAAGAAACAAACUGUUUUCCUCUAAGGAGGAAGAGGAGAAAAGAAAGGAUUUUCCUGACAUGAGCCAGACACAAAUAUUUCAGCACUUUCCUAUGUAACUUGAAAGUGAUUCUGACACAGCUUUUAAAAGCAAAAAGUGAAUGUUGUCCUUAGGACCAGAUAAAGUCUCAUGCACUGAGUGAAAGUAGACAAUUUAGAUGGACAGAAGAGUAAUCCUGACUGCUGCAGGAUUCCAGAGCCCUCAACUUUAAUUUUGUGGUCACAAACUGCCCUGAACUGAUGUUCAGCCACAAACUUUGCAUCUUAUCUUCUGCCUAUUAUUUUUUAAACUGUUCUUUUUAUUAUUAAGCUGCUUUGUGUGACUGAAGAACAUUUGGCCCAUGUUGGGUUUCAAUUCUUUCUAAUGCACAAAAUGAUUGACAGUGUUAACUUGCUGCAAAGUGUCAAUUAGAAUAGAAAAUUGUAGAACAACAUUUUUAUAACUUAAGUGCACUGAGUUGCUUGGCAAUGUGGCUGCCUCAGAUUUUGUAUCAAAUUUCUGGACAAUUUUGCUGUUCACAUUUGAGCUAUUUGGAAAAAUGUAUUUUGGCACAGGACAGUUAAUACAAUAUUUUCAGUUUUAUUCAAUUAUGCUGCUCAGGAAUGCCAUGACAAUGGUUCUAAGGCUGUUUAGAUUUAUGCUAUGUUAAAAGUCCUCUUGGGUUCUUUUACUAGUGGUAUGGUUGCUUACAUAUUUGUUUUUUUUCUUUAAUCUGGACACUAUUCAUCUUAAAUCCUUCAAUACAGGGAAGUGAGUAUUCAGGUCUUAUUGAGGUCAUAUCACAUGACCCGGGCUCAUCAGAAUAUCUCCAUAUAGUUAUAUUUCUGUUCUGUUUGCCUGUGGAUGACUCAGUCUCACUCAAUUCCAGUACAUGAUGCACCUGUGUGACAAAUGGUACGGGUAUAGGUGCUACUGUUACAAAAUCGUGAGGAGGAUGACAGCUAGACAACGCUGGCAGUGUAGGAGGUACCAGGAAGCCACCAUCCCAGUGUUGUGAAAAUUAAAGAAAGAAAGAAAGAAAGAAAAAGAAACCACACCUGAUACUGUAAGUGAGCCUUCUGCUCUGAAAUAACUCUCCCUAAAUCAAGAGCUGCGUCCUUGCUGUGCCCUAGCACUCUUACGGGUCAGAGUGCUUUUCGGUUCUCAUUAUAAGUUAGCACUUUUUGUGUUUGAAACUCUUAUGGCAAAAGACAUCACUAUUCAAACUUCAUUAAUCAUAGGAAGACAAAAGUCUCUUCUGAGUUCUCUAAGACUUAGUAAAUGUCCUUAGAGUGUGAGUGCUCAGCAUCUUCUUUGACUUGGAAUUAAAGGGCUAACUGCAUGGGAGCGAGACCUACAAGCCAAGCUCUGGCUUACAAACCACGAAGAAAUCAGAAGUCAGCUUGUAUGGACAAAGCCUGUAUUAGAACAAGCUCCCUGACAUAAGGGACUUGCAUGAUAGCAGUUUUUCAGAAUUUCUAUUUUGAAACUUUUCCAACAAAAUGAGCAAGUGACUUGUAUUGUUAAAUUUAGGUUGAGUGUAAUUUUUGUGUUUUGUUAGAUAUUUGUGUUGCAAUCCUGAGAAUGAAACCUGAUACACACACACGCUUUUCAAGAAAGCCAGUUCCUUACACCUCCUGCAUUUAGAGCCUGGGAUGUAUGAGAGUUUAUAUAAAGCUGACAGUUUCUUCGAUAGCUCAGAAGUUGUGUAAAAGAGAGUAGUAAUGUAAAAAGUAAAUUUAUACCUUUUUUUUCUCUUUGCCAAAUUAAAACAAGUUUUAACAGUGAAAAAGAACCUCAGUAUCUGCAAGGAUGAGGUAUCCAACACUGUUAGAGCUUCUGUAAAAGCUUUUGAAUGGGCUGAAAGUCUGUCAUCAGUACAUGACUUCAGACUCUGAAAAUGGAAUAAUCUGAAUUGUUCUCCAAGACAAGGACAUGUGGAUGUUUGUGAUUAAUAUCAGUGAGAUUAUUGAUGAGGAUACAGGGGUUAUAUGGACUGUCAUUUUGCUUAAUGUGGUAAGAUAAGUAUGCGCCAUCUAUGACCAUGUGUAUUGUAUGUAUUAUUAGCACACAGAAGGUUUGGAACUUACGCAACUUCUUCAUUAUUUUAGAUUAGACUUACAGCCUUAAAGCUGAGAAGAGAGGCUUAUUUCUCAGUGCUGGUGCAGAUUUAUAAUAAGAGAGAACUUCUAUGAUUCAAGGAGUGCUGGAUCACUGCCAUAGCAGAAACAUCCCUGCAUUUCUUGGUUUAAGUGUUUUGGAAUAUAGUAUCCCACAGGACAUCAGGGCUUUCUUAUCAAUUGUACUUAGAUGAAUUCUCUCUUCCAGGUACAAGAUAAGCCUUAUUUAUUUUAACAGCUUUGGAAGUCUCUAGAAUUCUUGUGAGGACUUAAAAUUAUUGUAAGGAGACCCAGGUAACAAGCUAAAUAGGUAAUAAGCAAACCAAAUGCUUCUCCCUAGCAUAAACAUGCAUUUGGCCAUCAGAUGCAAAGAAAGACUCUUGUGAUCUAAUACUGAAAAAGGGGUAGGCAGGGUAAAAGAUCUAAUGAAGGUAUUGCCAAAAUAUUAUCCCUUAUAGUAUAGCUAUUUUUCAGGUAGGUCAACCAAUAAAUAUUUAGGAAAAAGAGGGCAAUAUAUGUGCAAGUAAAUCUUAGCCGCAAGUAUCAAGAAGGAUGUCCAAAACAACAACACACUAACCAAAACAGAUGUGUAAGUAAGGUUUUUUUAAAGGUUACCUUAUUUGUAGCCUUUUCCACUUACAAAAGGAUAGCCCGAUCUCUCUUAAAUAUAAGAUGAAUCUAAAAUAGAACACUUACUCGCAUGAUGUUUACAUUCAUUAGACGUGUAAAUACCUACUCGGUUUUUAAUGUGAUUCCUUGGAAGAGAACACAGAUGAUGACUCGUGACAUUUUUUCUAUCUUAUUGCAAUGGAGAUAAACUAGUAGAUGUUGUAACAACUUUUGCUUGUGUAUGACUAGCCUGUCUCAGAAGGAACAGUAACUGCUGACUGAUACCAUAGCGACAAAAUGAGCUGGUACACACUCAGACCUUAAUAGCUUGAGAGUCUCUAAAGCAUUAUGUAUGUCAUUGUAUUCACAAGAGGCAGAGCUUUCUAUCCUUCAAAAAUAUACCUUUUUUUUUUCAAAAUUGAGAGCCAUAGAGCCUGUUGGAGAAGUUACAGAAUGGUCCAUUUUAUCUUGUUUGUAAAACAGAUUCACAGUUAGAAAGGAAGUAUUUUUACCUGAAACUGUGAUAGGCCCCAAAAGAGUGGGGCAUGAAAAAGAAAACAUUUCAGGACAAUUCUUAUAUCCAGUCAUUUGUCACUAACAGAAAUCAAUGCAUAUGUGGAGAAAUGAAGUCCUUUGAGUAACCCUACUCAAAACCCUGGAAUUUGGAAACAUGCCAAGUUAGUUGAAUGCCUUCCCACUAUUAUCAUUUGAGUGUUAAAAACAUUAUAUAGAAGAGAUAUGAAUGUAGCAAAUAAUAGUCUUACAUGAUAGCCAAGUAAAUGUCUUUUCAGCGUAGCACAAUUGUGAAAUUGCUGCACAAAUAGAAAAAAGAAAAGAUUCAGAAUGAUGGAGCGAUAUAAGAGUAUUAUUUUUAAAAUCUGGAUCCAAUUUUAGAUGAAUUUUUAAGCAUCAAACAGUUUGUAGCUACUGGUUUGGGUUUUUGCUAGCAUUCCGUAUCUGAUACUUUUAUUGUGAAUUAAAAGCACAACAUGGUGCAUAUCAGUACUGAUUAAAAUACCAUUUUUGCAAAAAUAUCACAAACCAUAUAAGGUUUCAUCCAUCAAAGAGAAUAGCUGUAAUAGUUGCAUAGAAAUAAACCUUAUGUCAGAAUGGCUAUUUUUGGGAUUGUGAAGGCAUAAAAUGUAUUUAGGUAAUAUUACUAAUUUAUUAGUGUGCAAUUUUAAUGUAAUUCAGUGCCAAAAUACAUGUUUUUCCAUAUAGCACUAAAACGAGGCAAAGAGUAGUUUUCAAAUUGCGACACAUUUGUCACAUUAUAGUGGAUACCAAUUUCUACAUUUUCAUUUGUUUCUUGUGAAAACUGUUGCACUAUUUUUGGCCGUAUUUUCCAGCAGUCCACUGCAUGCUAUUUGUGUAAGGAUUCUUUCUAUAAUUCUUGUGAAUUGUCUCACCCAUAAUAACCACUAAACUUUUAAGCCUUGUGUGGGAAUCUAGGUUUUUGGCAAAAUAUUUCAUUACCUCAGUCUUGUAUCAAGUUGCUGUAUUUUUCAGCUUGUUACAUUGAUAAUGAUUGUUUCACUAACUAAAUACUUUAACGUAAAAAAGGUUUACUUUGAGAGGAAUUGCAUUUGGUUGUAAAUUUAAAGAUGAAAAAAAUGUGCAAAGUAUGUAUGCUGUUAAGAAUAAAAUACUUUGGAAAAGAAUAGUAGAGGUAAAGAAGGAACUUUUCAGCUCAAAGGCAGCAAGUAUGUUUUAUUUGUGAUUGAAUGAUGACACAGUUGAUGAAUACACUUUAUAGUUGCAUAACCUCUAAUCAUUUAAUAAUAUAGAUGAUACAAUAGAAUCAAAAUUUGUAACAGAAAACUGAAUAUCCCUCCAAAUUUGUAGUUCUUUCGAGUAUGACACAGAAAGUCCAAAGAAGUGGAGACAAACCUAUUCUACUGCCUUCCAGAGAAAUGUGUUUAAUCACAGCCACACCUAUAUGUUGUUGUGGGUGUCAGAGUAAAUUUAUUCACACUUAUUAAACUUUAUUCAGAAA